UUGAGGUGAUAUUAGCAAUUAAUUUGCUUUCUAAUUCAUUAAAGCUAACAAUAAUGCAUAUAAUUAAAUGUUUAAUUAACAAUGAUUGUAGUUACAGUACGUACCAUGGAGGUAAUAGUUGUCUACCCUGAAGGCAAAUUGUCUGUGAUGAUUCCACAAUAUCAUCAAAAUUUAACAGUUCUUCACCUUAAACAGAGGAUUCAACGGUUGAUUCAUGUUGAACCAGAGUGGCAAAGGCUAUAUUUUAAUAGGGAGCAGCUACUAGAUUCAGCAAGAGUGCAAGAUUAUGGAAUUGAACAAGGCUCUAUAAUUAGUCUCAUUCGGUUUUUGCAGGUCAGCCUAUCCUAUGAAGGUAUUAGACACCAAGUAUUGAUCACUGAACAAACUAAGGGCAUUUACCUUAAACAACAAGUUCUGAAAUUUUUUGGCUUGGCAAUAGGGGAACAAAUGUUGUUUUUAAAUGAGCAAGUGUUGAAAGAUGGAGCAAAUGUAGGAUAUUAUCCAAACACUACUAUCAUUGUCCUUAAGACUUAUGUUGUCUGGAUUCGAGAUGGAACCGAUCAGCUUUAUGCCUGUAUUGUUCAUUGUUAUAUGUCUGUAAAAUCCUUGAAGUUGAGUCUUCAUCAAACGCAUGGUUUUGAAAUCACCAACAUGAACCUCAAAAAACUUGGAAGUAAUCAGUUUUUGACUGAUCAUACCCUUUUGGGGGCUGCUAAAAUUGAUGCUGAUGAUGAAAUUCAAAUUUUCUACAAGUAA